AUGAGAAACACAAGACUGCUCUACCACCUGCCGAACUUCAUGGAGUCAGAAAACCCAAGUUUUCAGCCCUGGCGAGACUAUAUGGGUUUGUCGGAUACGAUCAAGCGAAUCCUGGGCCGGAGCGGCGCCAGCCAGGCGCCAAGUCCCAUGCCUCCCUCUCCUUACCCUCAGACGGAUGAACUGUGCCGAGCCCUACUCUCAAUGUGCAUCAGCUCUCCGCAUAGUCUCUACAAUGAUCCUCCAAUGGCAUCUCCUCCGUGCACAAGUGGCUUGUGUUUCGCUUCGCCUUUUUCCGGAGAAACAGGCAGUUUGAAGACUGCGCAAAAACUUACUAAGGGCCCCAAAGAGCGCAAGAAGUCGCCACGCAUCAAACCCCCGGGAGUUGCGACUGAGCGAAUUUUCUGCAGUUUCUGCAAACACAACGGGGAGUCAGAGGCUGUUUACGGCUCACACUGGUUAAAAAAUCAGUCCGGGGAGGUGUUGUGCCCUUAUCUGCAGCAGUAUGUGUGCCCACUGUGCGGAGCCACCGGAACCAAAGCCCACACCAAGCGCUUCUGCCCGAGAGUGGACAGCGCCUAUAGCUCUGUUUACGCAAAGUCAAGACGCUGA